CUGAAAAAUUUUUUAAAUUUAAAUAUGUCUCUUGCUUAUUUUUGGAUUGUGCUGCUGGGUUGUUUAGCCCUUAGUCAUGCAGCACCUACCAUCGCUCCAACAGUUUCACCAGAGGACGAAGACCUGGCGGAGGGAUACCUCUCUCGCUUCUACGCUGAUGUUGGCGUGACAAACUCCUCAGUGCAGAGAAUCGUUAAGAGCUCCUUCAGCCAGGAUCUAGAGACCAUGCAGGCUUUCUUUGGCCUCGAGGUGACGGGUGUGUUGAAUAAUGAGACUGUGGAGGCGAUGAAGGCACCCAGGUGCGGUGUGUCAGACAUCAGCCGAUAUGGACACUUUGCUGGGAAACCCAAAUGGGAGAAAAGGCUGAUAACAUACAGGAUCACUCAGUACACUCAAGAUCUCAUCCAGAGUCAGGUGGAUGCCACCAUUGCUCAGGCCUUCCAACUCUACAGCGAUGUCAUCCCUCUGGACUUCAAACAGGUCAACAGCGGUGCUGCGGACAUCAUGAUCCUCUUCAAGGGGGGAUAUCACGGGGACUUUUACCCUUUUGACGGGGCGAAUGGAGUCUUGGCUCAUGCUAACUCUCCUGGACUGGGUCAGGGUGGAGACACACAUUUUGAUGAUGAUGAAAGGUGGACUCUUACCCAAAGAGGUGUGAAUCUGCUGCUGGUGGCGGCCCAUGAGUUUGGCCACGCUUUGGGCCUGGAUCACUCCAGGGACAGACGUGCACUAAUGUAUCCCAGUUAUCAUUAUGUCAACACAAACGGAUACAGGCUGCCAGACGAUGACAAGCGUGGGGUUCAAGCCCUUUAUGGCAGCCGUACAUCAGUACCCACAACAGCACCAAAACCUGAACCACCUCCUGGCCCGGACCCUGGACCAGAACCAGAGGAACCAACAGAGGAUCCGAACCCAGACCCUCUGCCCAACCCACGAAAUGAGCAGUGCAGCCGCGACCUGGUGUUUGAUGCUGCUACCUCCAUCAGGGGAGACAUGUUCUUCUUCAAAAACGGAUACUAUUGGAGGAAGAGUUCAACUGCCAGAGGAAUCCGUUUCACGAAAGUGAACACAAAAUGGUCACAAAUCAACUCUGUCGAUGCUGCCUUUGAAGUCCCAUCCAAGGAUGUGGUGUAUCUUUUUGAAGGUCGCCAAUACUGGGGCAUAAGGGCUUAUGCAAAAACAGUCAUUUCAGGUUUUCCAAAGUCUCUCACCAACCUCGGCCUCCCCUCUUCAGUCAGUAAGGUGGAUGCAGCCGUCUAUGUGCCAACCACCAGAAAAACACUCAUUUUUGUGAACAACCAGUAUUGGAGCUAUGAUGCGGGCAGAAACCAAAUGGACUUUGGAUAUCCACGAUUCAUCACUCAGGAUUUCCCUGGCAUCGGCUCCAAAGUGGAUGCAGCCUUUGAGAAUUAUGGAUACCUAUACUUCUCAAAUGGCCCCAGACAGAGUGAAUACUACCUGCAGUACAAGAGAGUGAUCCGUGUACUGCUCAACUACGGCUGGCUCAACUGCUAUUGAGAACUCACCUACACAAGUCUCUGUACAAGAUGUGACUGCAGUUGAAAAAAAAUUAAAUGAAUGACAGUAUUAUCUAUUGUUAUGAUGUGGGAUAACAGUUUUCAGAGACAGUCUAACUACUGUUGGCGCAUGGCAAAUAACAGGAUCAAACCAAGGCAAAGGUCAGUGAGUGAUAACCAUUCAAUCAAUUCUGUAAAUUAUCCUUGACCUGCUUCGAAAUGUUCAUAUUUUUCCAUGGGGAAAAUAAGCACCAAUAGUGAACGUAUUUGUUUGGAGAUGUUUAAGCUAAAUUGCACAACUUUGAAUCUAAACUAAAGGGGUUUAAAGUUACCCUUUGCACACAUCCAAGGGUUACAAAUAAAGAGCUCCUCUGCAAUUCCACUGCACAAAUUGUCAUAACAGGCCCCAGCUUGCAGAGUAUAUAUAUUUGGAUACAAAAUUAGCAAACAACUCAAGCCAUUAGUUCUUCUUGAUCAUGUCCUAACUGUUAUGUUGUGAAAUAAUCUAGUAUUUUGCCUGUAUGCUGCAAUUUUAGA